UUUGCAGAGUCAGGUUCAGUGUCUCAUCGCGGAAGACAAUUCCAUUCCUGCGCUUCCACAGCUGCCAGCAACAUAGCAGGAUGAAGGAGUCGAAGUGAACAGCUGGAAUGCCAUAAGUGUUAGCAUAAACACACGUGACGUGGCUGCGCAGCUGCAAGAGCAUCGUGACGGUGAACUAGCAAUUUCCGUGGCGUCGUCAACCACGUCCCCUGCAACAUGAUGAGCAUCCACUGGUACGUGCGCACAGGCAUUCCCUGGCACGUGCGCACAGGCAUUCCCUGGCUAUAUAAACAAUCAGCUCCUCGAUCCUUCUCACCAGAGGCCAGUCUGUCUCUUGCACCCUUUGUGCCGCCGCCAAAGACCUCUCGGCGCAGUCGGCGCGUCCAUGGCGCCCGCGGAGGAGCCCACUGCCGCCACGCUAGCGCCGCCGGCGCCUCACUUCGUCUUGGUUCCGCUGGCGGCGCAGGGCCACAUCAUCCCCAUGCUCGACCUCGCCCGCCUCCUCGCCGAGCGCGGCGCGCGCGCGAGCCUCGUCACGACGCCGAUGAACGGCGCUCGGCUGCGCGGCAUCGCUGACCAGGCCGCGCGCGCCAAGCUCGCGCUGGAGGUCGUGGAGCUCCCGUUCCCGACGGGCAUCGACGGCUUGCCCCCGGGCAUCGAGAACGUGGACCAGGUCACGGACAACAACCACUUCGCCCCCUUGCUGGUGGACGCCCUGCCAAGGCUCGCCGGGCCCCUCGAGGCCUACCUGCGAGGGCUGGCGGCGCGCCCGAGCUGCAUCAUCUCCGACUGGUGCAGCGGGUGGACGGCCGGCGUGGCCACAAGCCUCGGCAUCCCUCUCCUCUUCUUCCACGGGCCGCCCUGCUUCUACUCGCUCUGCGACCUCAACGCCAUUGAUCACGGCCUGCGCGAGCAGAUCGCGGAGGCUGGCGACCAAGAGAGGUUCGUCGUGCCGGGCAUGCCCGUGCGCGUGGAGGUGACCAAGGCCACGGCGCCGGGCCUGCUCAACUUCCCCAGGCUGGAGGCGCUCUGGGUCCAGUGCGUCGAGGCCAUGCGCACGGCCGACGGCGCGGUGGUGAACACGUUCCUGGACCUCGAGCACCAGUUCGUGGCGUGCUACGAGGCGGCGCUCGGCAAGCCCGUGUGGACGCUCGGGCCGUUCUGCCUCGCCAACAAGGACGCCGAGGCCGUGGCGUCGCGCGGGAACAAGGCCGACGACGUCGCGCGGCAGAGCGCGGUCACCGCGUGGCUCGACGCCAGGGACACCGACUCCGUCGUCUACGUCAACUUCGGCAGCGUCGUGAGGAAGCACCGGAGGAUGCUGGUCGAGGUCGGCCGCGGCCUCGAGGACUCCGGCAAGCCGUUCCUAUGGGUUGUGAAGGAGCCCGAGGUGGCGGCGCCGGAGGUGCGGGGGUGGCUGGAGGCGCUAGAGGCGCGCACGGCGGGGCGCGGGCUCGUGGUGCGCGGGUGGGUGCCGCAGCUCGCCAUCCUGUCGCACCGCGCCGUCGGCGGCUUCGUCACCCACUGCGGCUGGAACUCGCUGCUGGAGUCCAUCGCGCACGGCGUGCCGGUGGUGACGUGGCCGCACAUCAGCGACCAGUUCCUGAACGAGCGGCUGGCGGUCGACGUGCUCGGCGUGGGCGUGCCGGUCGGCGUGACGGAGCCGGUGAACUUGUGCGAGGACGAGAACAUGCCGGUGGGUCGCGAGGACGUCGCGCGGGCCGUGUCGGCGCUCAUGGGAGGAGGGGCGGAGGCCGACGAGAGGAGGAUGAAGGCCAAGAAGUACGGGGAGGAAGCUCGCAGGGCCAUGGCGAAAGGAGGGUCGUCGUACGAGAACCUGACGCGUCUCAUUGAAAGCUUCGGGCAACGUGGUGGCAAACAAGGCUAAGCUGGAAAUUAAACCGUGCUGCAUGGAGCGCGUCGGAUCGGAAGAACAAAAGAAGCUUGCAAGAAUCUUCAUUGCUAUCAUCACGUUAUGCCCUGUAACUCGAUGUGAUUUGUGUGCCCAUUGUUUUCAUUUUUCUCUCAACCGUUUUCCUGCUGUUGCUGUGCAGUACUAGUAUUGCACAUGGUGCACCAUGUGCAUUUCCUGUGGAAUUAUUUUCUCAUAAAAAGAAGAGUGGAUUUGUUCAUUUCAA